GAGAAAACAAGUGUCUUGUGUAAUUCUUGAAGAAGCCAAAUAUGGAAUCAACUGACUCACAGAGUAAUAACCAUCGUCAACAACAACAACAACAACACCAGUCUUCUUCUUUGCAGUUGGUCCCUUUAGAAGGCCGAUCAGGGCCAGGUCCCGGCCCCGGGUCAGGCCCAUUCAUGGGCUCCAUCUCCAUCCAAGCUGGAGCAGUAGCAGGAACAUCAGCUUCUGCUACUGGUGGUGGUGGUGGUGGUGGUGGUGGUGGUCUUGGAGUUGCUGGCUCUUCCACAUCUACAAGCACUACUUCCAGUACUAGCCCUCGACCACCAAGACUCGUCGAUGCUUCCCUUGCCAUCUCCACCAAAUCCGACUCCAACCCAUCUAAUCGAUCCGUCACUCUCGUCGAUCCUUCCAAGAACAAGCAACAACAGCUUUCAAUUGCUACCACUACCACCACCACCAUCAAGCGAUCAUCUAAAGACAGACACACGAAGGUCGACGGCCGAGGUCGCCGAAUCCGCAUGCCGGCCACCUGCGCUGCUAGGGUUUUCCAACUGACGAAAGAAUUGGGUCAUAAAUCCGAUGGCGAAACCAUCGAGUGGCUUUUACACCAAGCAGAGCCUGCCAUCAUCGCCGCUACCGGCACCGGCACCAUCCCUGCCAAUAUCUCUACCCUUAAUAUCUCUCUACGCAGCAGUGGCUCCACCCUCUCAGCCCCAUCUUCUAAGUCCGUUCCUCAUUCCUUCCAUGGCCCAUUAGCCCUCGCCCACCAUCCCCACCACUACGACGAAAGCGACGCCGGUCGGAGGUUCAUCACCGGAGGAGAGAUGCUAGGUUUUCAUCCUCAGCAACAGCAUAUAUUGACUGGGGAUGAAGCUCUGCAAGGUGGUGGUGCCUGUGGUUCUGGGGGAGAUUCUUCUGAUAGCUAUUUGAGAAAACGUUUCAGAGAAGAUCUGUUUAAGGAGGAAGGACAGUCGCGGCAGCAGGAAACUGGCGAUGCAACGUCUCCCUCGGAAAGUAAGCCUCGGCAACAGCAGGAACAAGGAGGUGCGGUUGCGGCAGCUGGACUGAUCCGGCCGUCGAAUAUCAUGCCGGCAACGGCAAUGUGGGCUGUCGGACCUGCCCCAACCAGCGGCGGCAGCGCAUUCUGGAUGCUGCCCGUCACGGGUGGUGGCACCGCCACAUCUGGCAGCACCGCUGUUGCUGCUGCCGCCGGGGUUGGCCCUUCAGAACCUCUAUGGACAUUCCCCACUGCAGGAGGGCAGUAUAGAGCAACUUCGAUACCUACGGCUACUGGGAACACGCUUCAAGCGCCUCUACAUUUCAUGCCCACAAUAAACUUUUCUGGUGGACUUGAGUUCCCCGGCGGACGUGUUGGUUCGGUUCCACUUGGAUCCAUGAUUGCAUCUCAGCAUCUGGGUCUGGGAAUCUCAGAAUCGAACCUGGGGAUGUUGGCAGCUCUUAAUGCUUUCAAUAGAGGUGCCGGAUUGAGUAUGAGUUCUGAGCAUCAACAUGCCAUGGAUCAUCAUCAACAGGUUCAUACCCACCAGCCUCAAUCCACUGAUAGUGGUGAUGAACACCCAAACAGUUCACAGUGACGAGCUUCAUAAACUCAUUCAAUAGCAGGGAAGAGAGAUUGUUGGUUUUGGUGUUGAGACGCAGGAGGUGAGUUUUUUGAGUUUUGAAUUCUUUGAAACUUUGAAUUCCAUCUCUUACUCAGUCACCUGUUGGAUGAUCCAAGAAGACGUUCCCUACCUCUCAUUUUCUGUGGCUUUUAAUAUUUAUUUCUCUUUUUGGGUUU